UCCUCCGGGAGCGCAGCGGCGGCAGCGAGAGCAGCGCGCACUGCAGGGCCGAGUCUCCGCCCGGAGUCAGCGCCGCGCCUCGCGGCCCCCACUCACGGCGCGGCCCGGCGGGGGCGCAGGAGACCCGCGGCCCGGACAGGGGACCGGUCCCCGGCACAGGCGGCCGCCGCAGCCCCGCGACAUUCGCUCCGCGUGCCGUCACCCGGCCUGGCCCCGCUCGGGACGCCUCUGCAUUGCGCGGGUACAAGGCAAUGUUAGAAGUGGUGAUCUCACCCAGCCUUGCAGCAAGCAGUAACUGCAAGGAAUCCCUGACGUGGAGCGAGGACAGCGCUGCCGUGGGGGCUCUGAGUGACAGAGAAGGCAUUACCAAAUCGGCCUCUCCAAGCGUGCCUCGGCUCUCUGCGGGGCCUCACCUGUGUGUCUCUCCUGGUCAGCCCUCCACAGCCAUGGCAGCCUAUGGCCAGACGCAGUACAGCACAGGCAUCCAACAGGCACCGCCCUAUACAGCGUACCCACCUCCAGCACAAGCCUAUGGGAUCCCCCCUUACAGUAUCAAGACAGAAGACAGUUUGAACCAUUCCCCCAGCCAGAGCGGGUUCCUGAGCUACGGACCAAGCUUCAGCACCACAACUGCUGGACAGAGCCCCUACGCCUACCCAGUGCACAGCACCUCAGGGCUCUACCAAGGCACCAACGGAUUGACCAACACGGCCGGAUUUGGGAGCAUGCACCAGGAUUACCCUUCCUACCCCGGCUUCCCACAGAACCAGUACCCCCAGUAUUUCAGCCCAUCCUACAACCCUCCCUAUGUCCCCGCCAGCAGCCUCUGCUCCUCGCCCCUCUCCACGUCCACCUAUGUCCUCCAGGAGGCUCCUCACAACGUCCCCAACCAGAGUUCUGAGUCACUGGCCGGUGACUAUAGCACACACAACGGGCCCUCCACGCCAGCCAAAGAGGGCGACACAGACCGGCCCCAUCGGGCCUCAGACGGGAAGCUACGUGGCCGGUCAAAGAGGAGCAAUGACCCCUCCCCAGCAGGAGACAAUGAGAUCGAGCGGGUGUUCGUCUGGGACCUGGAUGAGACAAUCAUUAUUUUCCACUCUCUGCUCACAGGGACAUUUGCAUCCAGAUACGGGAAGGACACUACGACAUCAGUGCGCAUCGGCCUCAUGAUGGAGGAGAUGAUCUUCAACCUCGCUGACACACACCUGUUCUUCAAUGACCUGGAGGACUGUGACCAAAUCCAUGUGGAUGAUGUCUCAUCUGAUGACAAUGGCCAGGAUUUAAGCACAUACAACUUCUCCACUGAUGGUUUCCACAGCACGGCCCCAGGAGCCAGCCUGUGCCUGGGUACAGGGGUGCAUGGCGGCGUGGACUGGAUGAGGAAACUCGCCUUCCGCUACCGCCGGGUGAAGGAGAUGUACAACACCUACCGCAAUAACGUGGGUGGCUUGAUAGGCGCUCCCAAAAGAGAGACGUGGCUGCAGCUGCGUGCAGAGCUGGAGGCCCUGACUGACCUCUGGCUCACCCACUCCCUGAAGGCCCUCAACCUCAUCAACUCUCGACCCAACUGUGUCAAUGUGUUGGUCACCACCACACAACUGAUCCCUGCACUGGCCAAGGUCCUGCUGUAUGGCCUGGGCUCCGUGUUCCCCAUUGAGAACAUCUACAGUGCCACCAAGACAGGCAAGGAGAGCUGCUUCGAGAGAAUCAUGCAGAGAUUUGGCCGCAAAGCUGUCUACAUUGUGAUUGGUGACGGGGUGGAAGAAGAGCAGGGAGCCAAGAAGCACAACAUGCCCUUCUGGAGGAUAUCCUGCCACGCGGACCUGGAGGCUCUGAGGCACGCCCUUGAACUGGAGUAUCUAUAGCAGGGGGUAGCAGGGGGGCUCGCAGCCACCACCUGCCCCCCACCACCCAGUCCCUGUCAUCUCACGCCAUGAGAGCCCUAGACACCAGAAGCUGGGGAGGGGCCCUACACCCAGGGGACAUGUCCCAUGGCCAUCUCUGAAGUGUCCUCUUCCCUUGGGGACAGAGAGUCAGGCUGUGUUGUGAAACCCAGAGACCCAAAUGAGGGAGUGUUGGCUUGGGAGGGCAUGGGGGCAGCUCAUCUUGUUCUCUCUUUUUUUAAUUUAUGAAUUGAUCCCAUUACUCACGCUACCCUCUGGUCCCUGUGUUGUGGUUUCUUGGCCAUUAGUCUGGUUUGGGGUUCUAAACUGGCUGUGGGGUGGUUCCCAGUCCUGUACUUCAGGGACAGUCAUUCUCUGGACGUUGGUGAGGGAGGCAAUCUGGGGCUGUGGGGAUGCCUCUCGCCUACUUUUCCUCUUCCAAGAUCCUCCCUGAUGCCACGGGGACAGUGCGCGUGCCUUAUGCCGCCAUCUUACUUUGUAGGGAAAGGGGGACCCUGGGAAGGAAGAGGUACUUUGUGAUGAUGAUGGAUAAAGGCAUUAAGUAAAGCCACGUUUACAUUUGAAGAUGGAAGGUUGUGGUAACUGUUACCUAUUGUUUAGGCUUCCACAUGUCGGCAUUUUCAAGUUGCAAAAUAAUAAAAUCCAAUUUGAACUUGAACUAGUUUCAGUGAAGUGGGGAGGGAGCCUCAGCUACAGCACACAGUAUCCGCAUUUCCUUCACCAAAUCUGAGCCAUGUUCUAUCCAGGAAGCUGGGUUUGGGGAUCUUGACAUGAACACAAUAAAACACACAGCUCUCACCUCAAAGGACAUGAGAGACAGUUUGUUCUGCAGCCAAAUAAGAGUAGCCACGGCCCAGGAGUACAUAUUAGGUUACCCCAAAUUCCAUCUCCAAGCAUGGUGACAGUUUCAUGAAGUCUCAUAACGAGGGAACCAAAAAGGUCAUAAACUCAGACUUUUUAAAAAUACACUGGUGGGAACAUUGAGUACACUGGUUGCUGCAGAGCUGGGUGCAGCGGAGCUGGGUACAGAGGAGCUGGGUGCAGCGGAGCUGGGUGCAGAGGAGCUGGGUGCAGCAGAGCUGGGUACAGAGGAGCUGGGUGCAGUGGAGCUGGGUGCAGCGGAGCUGGGUACAGAGGAGCUGGGUGCAGCGAAGCUGGGUACAGAGGAGCUGGGUGCAGUGGA